GCAGCCGGCUCGCUGAGCCCCGCCAGCCCUGAGCUCAGCCCCGGUCCCCGCUGCAGCGGGCCAGGCGGCUUCAGCACCACGGACAGCGCCCUGCCCGCGGCCCUCCCGCCCGCGGUGCGCCCCAGCCGGCGUAGGCAGGGCCGGCGAGCGAUGCCCGCGGCAUGGCCCGGCGCUCCGGCCCCGUGGCGCUGCUGCUUACCUUCGGCCUCCUCGGGCUGUGCCCAGGGGUGCGGGGUACGGAUGCCGAGGAGCGGCUGGUGGAACAUCUCCUGGAUCCCUCCCGCUACAACAAGCUUAUUCGCCCAGCCACCAAUGGCUCUGAACUUGUGACAGUGCAGCUCAUGGUAUCUCUGGCCCAGCUCAUCAGUGUGCACGAGCGGGAGCAGAUCAUGACCACCAAUGUCUGGCUGACCCAGGAGUGGGAGGAUUAUCGCCUCACCUGGAAGCCUGAGGAAUUCGACAACAUGAAGAAAGUCCGGCUCCCUUCCAAACAUAUCUGGCUCCCAGAUGUGGUCCUGUACAACAAUGCCGACGGUAUGUACGAGGUGUCCUUCUAUUCCAACGCCGUGGUCUCCUACGAUGGCAGCAUCUUCUGGCUGCCGCCCGCCAUCUACAAGAGCGCCUGCAAAAUUGAAGUGAAGCACUUCCCGUUCGACCAGCAGAACUGCACCAUGAAGUUCCGCUCCUGGACCUACGACCGCACAGAGAUCGACCUGGUGCUCAAGAGUGACGUGGCCAACUUGGAUGACUUCACGCCCAGUGGCGAGUGGGACAUUGUGGCCCUGCCCGGCCGGCGCAACGAGAACCCGGAAGACUCCACCUACGUGGAUAUCACGUAUGACUUCAUCAUCCGCCGCAAGCCGCUCUUUUACACCAUCAACCUCAUCAUUCCCUGCGUGCUCAUCACCUCUCUGGCCAUCCUGGUCUUCUACCUGCCGUCCGACUGCGGCGAGAAGAUGACACUGUGCAUCUCUGUACUGCUGGCCCUCACCGUCUUCCUGCUGCUCAUCUCCAAGAUCGUGCCGCCCACCUCGCUGGACGUGCCGCUCGUCGGAAAGUACCUCAUGUUCACCAUGGUGCUCGUCACCUUCUCCAUCGUCACCAGCGUGUGCGUGCUCAACGUGCACCACCGCUCGCCCACCACGCACACCAUGGCGCCCUGGGUCAAGGUCAUCUUCCUCGAGAAGCUGCCCACGCUGCUUUUCAUGCAACAGCCGCGUCACCGCUGCGCCCGCCAGCGCCUGCGCCUGAGGCGGCGUCAGCGCGAGCGCGAGGCCGGCGCCCUCUUCUCCCGCGAGCCGACAUCGGGGGCCGCCGACUCGUGCGCCUGCUUCGUCAAUCGCGCCUCGGUGCAGGGCGUGGCCGGGGCCUUCGGGGCCGAGGCGACGCCGGCUGCGGCGGGUGCUGGCGCGGGCAGCGCCGAGACGCCGUGUGGCUGCGGCCUCCGGGAGGCGGUGGACGGCGUGCGCUUCAUCGCGGACCACAUGCGCAGCGAGGACGAUGACCAGAGUGUGAGUGAGGACUGGAAGUACGUCGCCAUGGUGAUCGACCGCCUCUUCCUCUGGAUCUUUGUCUUCGUCUGUGUCUUUGGCACCAUCGGCAUGUUCCUGCAGCCACUCUUCCAGAACUACACCGCCGCCACCUUCCUCCACCCGGGCCCUGCGGCGCCCAGUGCCAAGUGAGCCUGCCCAUGGCCUCGCUCUCCUCACCCU